AUACAAAGUCAGGGUCACUCUUAUAAUGAUGAUUUCCGGGAUCUUGUAGUUUAGCAGUGUUUUGAGUUAUUUACUGUAGACGUACUGGAUUUAUUUGUCAUAUUUAAGAAUAAAUACUUAAUGGCUGUUUCGAAACUGGUAUUUCUGAUUCACAAUGACUAGUAAUCAUAAGCCUUCUGGUGAUAAUUAUAUGGAUUCCAUGUGUAUAGGAAUUUCAAAAAUAUUGCAUCAGAGUCAUGCUGAAGAGAAUCCUUCAUCUGUUGAAGUUUCACGUCCUUCAGUUUCUAACGAUAUCGAUAGUGACCCAUAUUUCCAAAUUCACGAGGCUUCACGCAGUACUGGAAUGUUAGACAUUAACCCGAAAUGUAUGGUGAAGGAUUCUAAACAUGGAAUUCGUCUUAGUAGUCGAAGACGCGGUUCAGAUAUCAGUAAAAAAGCCGUCUUUGUCCAACCUCAUGAUGGGAAGCUGUUCAAAGUUGUGUCAAAACACAGUAUGAAGAAAGCAAAACCUCCCGAUAUUAGCAAAGAAGUUGCUCAAUGUCGAGAGUCCCAUAACGACUACCUUGACUUUUCUAAUAUGAAUCUUCAACAGAUUCCAAAUGCGAUUUUCAAAGAUUUAUCCUUUAUAAAAGAUUUAUUUCUGUAUGGUAACAAAUUAACCACACUACCAAGCAGUAUCAGUCAUUUGACAAAUCUAAAACGACUGCUAUUGCAACAAAACUGGUUGACAGCAUCUGGUAUACCAAAUGAAAUAACGAAACUGACUAAUCUGGAACAAUUAGAUCUCCGUUACAAUCGUUUGGAUGGUCCUCUUCCUACUUGUAUAUGUGGUUUGUAUAACUUGGAACAUUUACUUCUCACAUACAACAAAUUAACCCAUAUUGUAGACGAAAUAAAAUAUUUAAAACGCUUAUCUGUAUUGGUUGUAAGCCGUAAUUUGAUUCGACAAGAUUUGCCUAGUUCCAUCGGUGAACUAACGAAAUUGGUAAAAUUGGAUUUAUCCUUUAAUCAUAUCACCUUCUUACCUGACAGUAUCGGAAAGUGUACAUCUUUACGCGAUCUAAAUCUUCAACAUAAUCAACUGACAAAACUACCUGACAGCAUAGGAAAUCUGGUAAACUUAUGUAGAUUAUCUAUCAAGUAUAAUCAAUUGGUGGAAAUUCCGUCAAGUCUAGCUAACUGUGUGAAACUUGACGAAUUUAAUGUGGAAAAUAAUCAAUUGUCUUCACUUCCCAAUAAUUUGCUAUCACGUUUACAUAAUCUACUAAAUAUCACCCUGUCAAGAAAUUAUUUUACAAACUUCCCCUCUGGUGAUCCACAACAAUUCCAGAUGUGUUAUACUAUCAAUAUGGAUCAUAAUGAAAUUACAAACAUUCCAAAAUCUGUAUUUAGUUUGGCUUCAAAUUUGAUUAAAUUAAAUUUACGUGAUAAUGCAUUAGACAGUUUAAUUGGUCCAGACUUGCAUGAAUUGAAAACCUUAGUUGAACUGGAUUUGGGCUCCAAUCAUUUGACAGAACUACCUACGGAAAUCAAUAAACUUGUUGCUCUUGAAGUACUACGAUUAAACUAUAAUCAGUUAACAUCUUUACCUGACGAAAUUACACAUUUAUCAAAAUUACGUAUUCUGGAUUUGGAAUCAAACUUAUUGGAAUCUUUACCAAAUGAUUUAUCAGGUUUAACAUCAUUACAAGAAUUAAAUGUUCUAUGUAAUAGAUUGAAAACAUUUCCUGCAAGUAUUGGACAACUUACCAAAUUGAAAGUGAUUAUGGCCGGUGAAAAUGACAUUACUGAUAUACCUGUUGAAAUAGGUAAUAUACCGACACUUCACGACCUACAUUUGAAUAAUAAUCCGAAUUUGAAUAGUUUACCUGCUGAACUCUCACUAUGCGGAAAAUUGAUUAUAUUGAAUUUAGAAAGUUGUCCAUUACGUGCUUUACCUGAACCAAUAGUUCAAGGUGGUUCUGCCAUGAUUAUCUAUUUCCUUCAACAAGUGCUACAGUUACGACGGCAACAAAAUAUCUUAUAAAUACUAACAAGUCAACCGAUUACAUCAAGUUAUUUUGUAUUCAUGCUUUUACUUUGCACUUACACACAUAAGUGCCUUAUAUCUUCCCAACUAACUGUAAGUCAAUACAAUCUGUAUAAUGUUAUUUUAAUUAUGGAAUAUAUAUAUUUCCGAAGUUUAGUUAAUUUAGAGAAAUAUUGGAUCAGAUGUUACCUUUCGAAAGUGCUCUGCUGUUAUUGACGUCUCGGUUUAAUAUUUUCACUAGUAUCCAAACCAAAAUCAUAAUCACUUCAUUCACAUCGUUAUGGAGAUGUUUCUAGCUCUCCCAAAUGACAAUUGACACUCUAUUUUUCCACAUUUAGUAGAUGAUUUCUUUGUUAACUCCUAACAAUCAAGAUGUAUUUACCAAUUCAGUUGUCGAAGACUUUUUGAACUUGUUCCAUUUAUGAUUCUUCUGAAAGUUUUGCAACAGGUUUUUUUGUGAUUUCUUCAUAAGAUAUAUAUGCUCUUUAAGAUAAUAUUACUUUAUACCUCGUUUUCCAGUACUUUGCUAGUAAAUCAAAAAUAAUUUAAUCAAUUAGAC